AUGAUUGGUAUAACGAAAAUGGCCAUGAGGAAAAUGGUAGACAGAAAAUUGCUACAUGAAGAAGAAUUGAGAACGCUUUUAGUAGAAGUGGAAAAUAUUGUUAAUUUGAGACCAUUAACAUAUGUCACGGAUGAACCUUGCGAAAUUAUCCGUCCUAUUGAUUUGAUUUGUUCAGGAAUGCAGGGAAUAAGAAACCACUUACUACUGAAUAAGGAUGAGGAUGAAGACUAUGGCCGAUCGGAAAGUUAUAGCUAA